UGGUCCUUCCUUGAAUUGCACACCAGCAUGGAGACCCCUCUUGAGAAGGCCCUGGCCACAAUGGUCACCACUUUCCACAAAUAUUCGGGGAGAGAGGGCAGCAAACUGACCCUGAGUAGGAAGGAACUAAAGGAGCUGAUCAAGAAGGAGCUGUGUCUGGGCGAGAAGAUGCAGGAGGGCAGUAUCGAUGACCUGAUGAAGAGCCUUGACAAAAACUGCGACCAGGAGAUCGACUUUAAGGAGUACUCGGUGUUCCUGACAACGCUGUGCAUGGCCUACAAUGACUUCUUCCUGGAGGACCACAAAUGACAGGGCUCAACUGCUGCCCCAGCCUCUGCGGCUCCUUUCACAGAUGCUCUGCGGCCCUAUGCACCCCUCUCCCUCCCAGGUGGACCCCGCUUCAGCUUUCCCUUCCACCAGAGGAAAUAAAGAUUUUUCCACUCCAGGUGUCUGGAGGCUAGCUUUGAA